AUGGAAGUGGGAGCAGUGGACCCUUACACAACAAAUCCAGGUCCAAUUGAUGGUUCAGUUCUAUAUGAUCAAGACAAGCAUGUAUCAUCGGCAGUUUGGGAAGGGCAGCAGGAGCGCGGUGCCCUCAGAUGUCACGAACACACUUCAAAACUUGAUCAGUGGACACUUACACCGAAACAGAUUGAAUUGGUAGACAAGGCUGGAUUUGGAUACUUACGGUCAAUUCCAGCUAUUAGUCUAGACAAUCCACUUAUCUCUGCUCUAGUUGAAAGAUGGAGAAGGGAAACAAACACUUUUCACUUGAAUGUCGGUGAAAUGACAGUAACCCUUAAAGAUGUCGCACUCUUGCUUGGGCUGGCAAUUGAUGGGGAACCUGUUAUAGGCCUGACAUAUACCUCAUGCAGUUCCGUUUGUGAAAAGUAUCUUGGCCGAGCACCCGAAUCGGGUUACACAAGUGGUGGGAUGGUGAAGCUAAGUUGGUUGAAGGAGUUCUUUUCUCGAUGUCCUGAUGAUGCUCCGAUUGAAGUGAUCGAGCAACAUACUCGUGCUUAUCUUCUUUAUCUUGUAGGCAGCACCAUAUUCUCCACAACUACAGGGAAUAAGGUCCCUGUAAUGUAUUUGCCGUUGUUUGAGAAUUUUGUUAGAUGUGGACAAUAUGCUUGGGGCUCGGCAGCUUUGUCAUUCUUGUAUAGAGCACUAGGAAAUGCAUCGCUAAGAACUCAAAGCACCAUUAGUGGCUGUUUAACACUACUGCAGUGUUGGAGUUACUUUCACCUAAAUGUUGGACGACCAAAGCUCAAUCUCGAUGUGAUGACGCAUGAUCGAUUUCCAUUUGUGCUUAGAUGGAAAGGAAAACAAAGUGGCCCAACUGCAAAUCGCGACGUGGUAUUUUAUCGGAAAGCUUUGGAUUCCCUAAAACCAUGUGAUGUGGAGUGGCUUCCCUACAGAAACAUGGACAGUAUGGUAAUUCCAGAUCAUAUCAAAAGCACUUUAAUUCUUGGGAGGUCAAAGACAAUGCUAAUAUGCUUUGACAAGGCGGAAAGACAUCUUCCAAAUCGGUGCUUAAGGCAAUAUGGCAUGCUUCAAUCAAUUCCGGAUGAUGUGGAGCGAUGGGAGAGGAAGAGUAGAGGAGUUGACGGUGGGGUUGAUUUGUCCGGAAAAAUGGAAUCAGAGCUUACAGAGUGGAUGGACCGUCAGCUGCACAUUGUCGACGGGGACGAGGGUGUUGAUGAAAGUGAGUACAUGGAUUGGUAUAUGAGGAUUACCCGCAAGUUCAUAGGGAGGCCUAUUUCUCUGUCAUCCGAGUUUCAGAGAACGAAUGCCGGUCUGAGGGACAUUGCACACAUAGCCGAUACUUUUUCAACCAAAGGGUUAGAUCCGCAGCAAAUAGAAUCAAUAUCUCGGAUAAGAUAUAUUGCACAUGAAUGUUUGAGAGACCAAAUCAGUGGUCCAACAAUAGUAACAGCCACCCCUCAAGCUGAACAUGGAAAAAGAGUAAGGGGAAAGGAAAGGGUCAGAAGAAAAGGUGGGGCGGGUAAACGAUUGCGGAAGGAUGGUGUGAUUCAAUAUAAUGUCAUCAGUGAGGAGGACGAACAGCCUCACUUCUAUGGCACCACUAUUGAGGUUGGCCAAUUGCAUCUAAGUCACAUGGAUAGAGAGAUGGAGCAUCAUGCACAAUUAUGUACUGUGGAAAAUGCAGUAAGUUCUGUGCAUAUGCUUCACACAGAUGCUGAGAAUAUGCACCUCUGCGACACACACCUUGGGGUCGAUCAAUCUGAGCUAGGCUAUGAAGAUGACGAAAACGACGAUUUUAACCAUGAUGAUCUAAAGCAAGAAGCUGAUGAGGAAAUAAAAGAGGAGUUUAACCAUAUGACUUCUGAGCAAAAUAUUGAGGAGUUGCACGCAGGGAAUGAGAUCGAUCAAGAUCUACGACCGUGUGAUCAUAUUGUGAUCGAUGAUUCACAAUUCUGUGAUGUAAGUCACGAGAUCAACAAUGCAACACUUUCAGAUGACGCGGAUGAAGUCAAUCACACACAUUUUGGUGAUCCCGAUGAAGUUGAUCUACAAGAAAUUAAUCCAACCGAAGAUUUUGUUAAUUCUCAACUCUCGCAUGUUAACGAUGAAAGGGAACCACCAUCAUCUGCAAUGACAGCAAUAGAAGUGUCUCAACAUUCUUCAAUUGAACCUCAUGGUGAUAUUUCCCAGAAAGGCGAUUGUAGUGUUGCUGUAUAG